UACCCUCUGCGCAUGCGCAAACGCUGCUAGCGCCACCCUAGGUGCAGCCGCGGCUCUAUGAUCUCUCCCUAGAGCCCGGCCGUUUCGGGUAGUUGCUGGGGUCCCGUGGGUUGCCCGGCCCGGAGCAGCUGGGCCAUGGAAGAGUUUGAUUCCGAAGACUUCUCCACCUCGGAGGAGGACGAAGACUACGUGCCGUCGGGUGGAGAGUAUAGUGAAGAUGAUGUAAGUGAAUUAGUGAAGGAAGAUGAAGUCGAUGGUGAAGAGCAGACACAGAAAACCAAAGGGAAAAAAAGAAAAGCUCAGAGCAUUCCGGCCAGGAAGAGAAAACAAAGUGGCUUCCUGUUAGAAGAAGAGGAGGAAACCAAGGCAGAAUCUGGAGGAAGCAGCAGUGAGGAGGAUGAGGUAGACAAGCAGGACAGGGGCGCUGGGCCCGAGGACACGAGGAGAAAGGAGGAUGAGCUCUGGGCCAGCUUCCUCAACGACGUGGGACCAAAAUCAAAAGUGCCCCCAAGUACACAGGUGACGACAGGAGAACAGGCUGAAGAGACAAGUUCAAGUAAAUCUUUGGUCAAAGCAGAAGAGCUAGAGAAACCAAAAGAAGCAGAAAAGGUUAAAAUCACCAAGGUGUUUGAUUUCGCCGGUGAAGAAGUAAGGGUGACUAAGGAAGUGGAUGCUACAUCUAAAGAAGCCAAAUCCUUCUUCAAGCAAAAUGAGAAAGAAAACCCACAGCCCAGUGCCCCCUCGGCUACACCAUCCCUCUCUGCUGGGACGGGGUUGAAGAGGUCAAGUGGUAUGAGCAGCCUUUUGGGGAAAAUUGGAGCCAAAAAGCAGAAAAUGAGCACGCUUGAGAAGUCCAAAUUGGACUGGGAGAGCUUCAAGGAGGAAGAAGGGAUUGGUGAAGAACUAGCUAUCCAUAAUCGAGGAAAAGAAGGGUACAUUGAACGGAAAGCUUUUCUAGAGCGUGUGGACCACAGGCAGUUUGAAAUCGAGCGAGAUCUCAGACUGAGCAAAAUGAAACCUUGAUUGAGCUCAGUAACAGCUCAAUCCUGUUGACAAUGUGAGCUUUCUGUGCAUCUGUGAAACUCUUCCAAUGUCCUCCUCUGCUAUUGCCCGGUGAAGUCUUUUUUCUAUAUGAAGUUUUGUUUGUGUAUCUUAAUCUCACGUGGUUUUACUCACUUUAUUUUUAAAAGUUUGUCCUUAAAAAGUAAAUAAAGUCAGUCCUCAGCAAUGCUGGAGAAUACGAAGA